AUGGAGAACCGAGACGAGCUGGAGCACCCUCUACUGGGCGAAAACCCACCUUCGGGACCGGCUCCCGGGGGAGUCUUCAAGGGAAUGCUGGUCAAAUGCGAGGAGGACAUGGCUUACCCUCCUAUGGCGUGGAGGGGAUACUGCGGUCACCCUCCGGACGUUCAGCAGCCGCAUCAACUUCUGGAUCCGUGUUCCUUGCCCCGCACCUUUGAGUCCUUCUACCCGGCCGCGCCCAUCUGGAGCCACGGGGACUCGCUUCUCAGCAAGGACUACCUGGAGACCACCUUUGUGGACAUCGGGCCAGGAUCUACGCUAGAACGGAAGCUGCUGGCGGAGGCGCACGGAGACUUCCACAGUGCCUCCUACAGCAUGGAUGAUGAAGAUGACCUGCUACCCGACUCAGAUGAUUCGUCCAUGGAAGACUUUAGCGAUAGCGACAGCGACAGCAACUUCCCCCUGAUGAUCCCUCAGGACUACCUGGGCCUGGCCUUCUUCUCCAUGCUCUGCUGCUUCUGGCCCCUCGGCAUCGCCGCCUUCUACCUCUCGCAGAAGACCAACAAGGCUUCAGCCGAGGGUGACCUUCAAGGGGCCAACGCGGCAUCCCGCCAGGCCCUGUGGCUCUCAGUGCUCUCCAUUGUGUUCGGCAUCAUCACUUACAUCUGCGCCAUCGCCGCCCUCAUUUCCUACCUGUCUGCUAAACCACCUUAA